UUAAUUAGGUUCAUUUAGGAAACAAGAUGUCAGCUUCCAUAUGAAUUAUGUAAACAAAUGAAGUUUGUUUAAGAUUAUUUUAUAAUUCGCCGGUGUACAUAGGUAAAAUAUGAGUGACAAACGAAAGCGGGCGCGUGUCCAAGGCGGCUGGGCUCCACCCUCGAACGUAAGAUCUGAUCGGAACAAAGCAAAACCUGCGAAUGUGCCAAAUUGGGUUGGAAAAAACAUAGAUCAAGUAAAUUUGCCUUCAACUUCAAAUGAAAAGAAAUUCGUCUAUGAGCAAUCAUCAGAGGAACUGAGGCAAAAACCAGCUGACAAAGUAAUAUCGAAAGCUGGUGUAUACGAUAUAAGUACAGAACCGUCUGGGAUCUCAAGACUAAGAUUUUUCCCUGCAUUUAUCGACCCAAAAGAUGCAGACCAAAUGUAUGAGGAAUUGUACCACGGUUUACCAUGGCGACAAAGAAGUGAUGUGAAGAACGGAGAAAAAUAUUUACAGCCGAGAUUAACAGCAUGGUAUGGCGAUCAUCCAUAUCGUUAUUCUGGUGUCACACACGAUGCCUGCAAAGAGUGGCACCCUACUUUACAAAGAAUAAAGCAUUUACUUGAAGAAAGCACAGGGUUAGAAUUCAAUUCCAUGUUGGCCAACUUAUAUCGAGAUGGACACGACAGUCUGGCCUGGCAUGCAGACGAUGAGAAAUCUCUAGGACCUGAUCCCACGAUAGCUUCUAUUUCACUUGGAGAUAGUCGUACUUUCCAAAUGAGGAAGAAUCCUCCACCAAUUGAAAAGGGAGAUUAUACCUACAUGCAACAUAUAGAUGUACCACUCACACAUGGAUCAUUGUUAAUUAUGGAAGGGUCUACACAAGAUGACUGGCAGCAUCGAAUUCCAAGAGAAUACCAUGAUAGAUCUGGGAGAAUAAAUCUGACUUUUAGAGUUAUCUUUCCUGAGAUAUAGAUCCGAUAUAGCUAUUUAAUGAUUUUGUUUACCAACCUAUUGACUGUUAAAAUUUUUUGGCCAAAAAAUUAUUUAUAUGCAAAAAAUGAAAAUGUUGUUAUUUUUUUAUGUUGUAACUUGUUACACUGAAGAUGUAAGGUAGACAAUCAUAAUAUGGAAGAGAAUUUUCACAUGAAGAGUUGUCUCUCCUGAUAAAUAGUUAUAACAGAGUUUGUGGUAUUUUUUUUUUUAUUUCAUACUGCAAUAUGUCGUUGGUUGUUUACAUAUUUCUAACUAUUUAUUUACUUUGCAUGAUUAAUAUACUUGAUAAAACUGUGAUGAAUUUUUUUAUAUAUUCAGCUUUUCACUUAAUUGUUUUUGAAAUUUGUUUUUAGUCAGUGUUUAAUGUCAGUUUUUAUUUUUGUUUACAUACAAUUUUGUUGAAAUAUAAUAUGAUAAAUAUAAAAUAGAAAUUAGAUAAUUUAUCCAAAGUUGCCUUUAUUGAUUUUAGCUUAAAGGUGCUUAUUUCAAAGCAUUUUUUAUCACUUUAUCAAAGUCUCUUUUUUUUCUUCUUUGCACUGUGUAUGUAAUAUUAAUUUAGCAUAUAUAGAAUGAUGCAAUGUAUUAACUAUUAUACAAAAGACUUACUUGUAUUACCAGCAAUUAAUACCAUACUUUUUGCAUGGACAAUUGUUGUACUUGCAUAUUUUACAUUGAAAAUAUGACUGCUUUGAGAGACUGUAAUAUUAGUAACUGUUUGAAUUAUACUGUAAAACAAUGCAAUAUGUAAUACAUGUAUUUUAAUGUGUUAUGUCUAGAAUGUUGAGAGUAAUGUUUACAUGUAUAUAGUUGAAGUAAAGAGGAGAAUAAAACUAGUUGAUUAUU